UAGUAUUUUCGUAUUGGUAAUUCAAAACAAAUGAUGGUUAAUUUGUUUCUAAUUCCCUUAAUCCCUAAUUUUUAAUCUAUGUUCUAAAUAUUAGGAAAAAAAAUUUGGGCGGACCGUUUUCUCCCUGAACUGAGAGGGUAUAUAGUCCAUGAAAGACUCGAUCCAAGUAAAAAAUUGAAUAUUGGCGUCUGUUCUUAUCAACGUGGGAGGCAGGCAGGCUGUCUUUUUAUUCCUUGCUGAUAUAGCAGUUACUUCUGCUUCUUUUCUUUUCGUUCUUCUAGUUUCUGCAUGGACAGCCUUAGUUCGGCAGUAGCAGUGAAAUUAAAAGAAAACCAUACUGUGAAUGUCAAAAGGAUAGACGCCGAAAAGGAGGAGGUCGUCAAUGUGAUUGGAAGAAGAAAUUGGUGGUUAGUUACUGAACUGAGUUUGAUAUCAGUUUUCAAGGGAGAGAGACUUGAGAGAGUAACAGAGAAGAAAGCUGGGUUGUGUUAGGAAUUUUGGAUUCAAAAGCAAAACACUAGUGGUUUAUAAAUCAAGUAUUUUGGAAAGGGAAAACAACAGAGACAAUGCCUCGAUACAAAGAUGAGGCUCCUGCGAUUCGUGUUUAUACAAUCUGCGAUGAAUCAAGAUAUUUGAUUGUAAGAAAUGUUCCGGCUUUAGGUUGUGGCGACGAUUUGCUCAAACUUUUCGCUUCUUAUGGAGACGUUGAAGACUUCAAACCAAUGGAUGCAGAAGAUUGCGACCAAUUUACUGAUGUUUACUGGAUUAAAUUUAGCUUAGUCUGCAAUGCCAGCAGGUUUGCAAAGAGAAAAUUGGAUGAGUAUGUUUUUAUGGGGAAUAGAUUGCAGGUUUCAUAUGCACCUCAUUUUGAGACCCUCUCUGAUACUAAAGACAAGUUAGAAGGCCGAAUUAAGGAAGUCCUUUCCAGGUUGAACCCUGGAAGAUCUAAGGGGUCUAGAGUUCAAAAUCCAGGUGCUUCCAAUGAGGCUUCAUUGCUCGCUGCUGUGGAGUCUGCAGGAUCACAACAUAACAAGUCUCAGAUUAAUGAUCCUCCUAUCACACGGGUUUCCUCUAAUCAGGAAUAUUUUCCUUCCCAAUCUAUGAAUCAGACUGUUAGCUUGGUUAGGGAAAAGCUCAAUAAGAUUCAAUCAAGUUCUGAACAUCUACAAGCUGUACCUGCUUCCAAGAAAUCACGAGUAGACAAUAGAAGGCGGAUAUAAUGGAACACUAUGACAGCAAUUUUGUAGUUGCAAAACUUGAAUUUUUUUUUUGCCCUUUUGUCUGAGGUGGUUUUACCCCCUCGCCUAAAUGGCUUUCAUUAUCGGAUCAGCUGCAUAUGUAAACUGAAAUCAGAUUGUACUUUUUAGAUGCUGAUUUCUAGCAUGCGGAAAAUUGUUUUCCUAAUUUUCCAUAGUAGCAUGUAUAACAAUUGUUUGAUAAAACUCUUAUUUAUUAGUGGAUCAAAGAAGACUUGUGCAUACAA